AUGUACAGAGGGGAGAGACAUUAUGAAUGCAAACAAUGUGGAAAGACAUUCACAAAUAACUCCAGUCUUGCUAAACAUCAGAGAAUCCACACUGGGGAGAAACCUUAUGAAUGCAAUCAAUGUGGAAAGACAUUCAGUCAGAGCUCCAGUCUUGCUGUUCAUCAGAGAAUCCACACUGGUGAGAAACCUUAUGAAUGCAAUCAAUGUGGAAAGACAUUUAGUCAGAGCUCCAGUCUUGCUUAUCAUCACAGAAUCCACACUGGUGAGAAACCUUAUGAAUGCAAUCAAUGUGGAAAGACAUUCAGUCAGAGCUCCAGUCUUGCUUAUCAUCAGAGAAUCCACACUGGGGAGAAACCUUAUGAAUGCAAGCAGUGUGGGAAGACAUUCAGUCAGAGCUCCAGUCUUUCUGUACAUCAAAGAAUCCACACUGGAGAGAAAUGUUAUGAAUGCAAACAAUGUGGAAAGACAUUCAGUCGGAGCUCAAAUCUUGUUGUUCAUCAGAGAGUCCACACAGGGGAGAAACCUUAUAAGUGCAACCAAUGUGGAAAAACAUUCAGUGAGAGGACUUCUCUUGCCAAACAUCAGAGAACCCACACUGGGGAGAAGCCUUAUGCAUGUAAGCAAUGUGGAAAGACAUUUAGUCACAGCUCCUCUCUUGCUGUACAUCAGAGAAUCCACACUGGUGAGAAACCUUAUGAAUGCAAGCAGUGUGGUAAGACAUUCAGUCAUAGUUCCAGUCUUGCUUGUCAUCAGAGAAUCCACACUGGUGAGAAACCUUAUGAAUGCAAGCAGUGUGGUAAGACAUUCAGUCAUAGCUCCAGUCUUGCUUGUCAUCAGAGAAUCCACAUUGGUGAGAAACCUUACAAAUGCAACCAGUGUGGAAAGACAUUCAGUGAGAGCACCUCUCUUGCCAAACAUCAGAGAAUCCACACUGGUGAGGAAUCUUAAGAAUACACAAGCUGUGUGCUAACAUGUUCACAUGUAGCUCCAGUCUUGACAUUCUGUGAAGAAAAUUUAUCCUCCUCCCCUUCUGUGGCAGCAUACCUGGUGUGAGCCUAAACUUGACUCAGACAUGAGGAUUGCAUGAAGGAUUGAGUGAGGAUAGAAUGAGAGCAGAAAAACGAAGUAACAGAGCAGAGAUCAUGCCCACCCUGGGCCACCUGAGCAAAAUUGAAAGGCAAGAUUGGCUCCUAAGAUGAAAUGUGUGAGUUAGUGGUUGGAGAAAAGGUUUAAGAAACUGAAGCAAGAGAGGAUAUCCAAGUUCUUUCAGUUUUGUUGCAAACUGGACUUCCCUGUGAGCAUGACUAAGGUGUCCUAAUGGUGACCACAGAAUAGCAAGCUGAAUGGAGCAGUGAGGAAGUAGCUCCUGUUUUUCAUCUUUUUUACCUACUACCUUAGAUAAAUUAAAAUGAAUUCAU